GUCUGUGAGACAAACUUUAUUAGAUGUGUCCCAUGUCCUCCGGGAAGUUACAUUGUGGUUGAAAAUCGAACCUGCGUUCACUGUCCGCCUCAGACGUACCUGAACUCGACGGCAACGCCCGGUCCCAACGCCUGUGUCAAGUGCGGCAACAACUUAAAAUCGACCGACGGGGUCGAAUGCGUCACCGACUGUAGAACAUACCAGGUGAAUGGCGUGGAAAUCUUUAGCCGUGACGGUUCAAGGUACCUCCAUGUUUUCAACAUGAGCUUUUGCUCGUCUACCAGGGUUUCGUGCAGCUCUUCGCCCGAACUGCAGAUUGUAGGCGGCAACGACCAAGAGUCGGUUGUCAAAGGCCUGUUGUGCAAGAUCACGUCCAUACCUCGGUCAGACGAAAACCUCUAUGCCAACCCAUUGGUCCUCGGCGAGAGGAUCGUUUCCAUUAGUGAUCAACCGAGCUUCGAACAGGUGAACGUCUCCAAGGACGUAUUCUCGGCAUGGGAAUUUCCGCAGGUAUACUUUCUGUACCAUUAUUCGGCCGUAUCUCGCAGUUGUGUCAACGGUUUCCACACGGUGGUCGUGUUUCGAUGUGAUCCUUCUGCUAAUGAAACCCGCGUAGAACUUCCAACCGCCUGUCCUGACGGCACCUGCGAUGGUUGUUUGUACUACAUUUUCGUAUAUUCGCGUCAAGCGUGUCCCGUAUGUGGUCCUGACGACUAUGAGGAAAUUGUGGAAGCCUGCCGAAACGGCGUCCAGUUGGUUCAUUUCAUUCCGUCCAAGUGAGU